GUCGCAUUUCUCACUCUACACUCCUCUCUCUAUAAGCCUCCGUUGUUUCUGUCACCUUGAUUUCUCCUGUUUUCUCGGCAAAAGCUUGACCUUCACUUUCACUAUCACGGCCGUUUCCUGAAGAUUCUUCGCCACAGUCUCUUCUCUUCUCCGUGUAUUAAUCGUAUAUUUUCCGUUUAUGAGGAAAAAGAACUGGAGGUAAUUUCCGUGCAGAAUUCUUGAAUAUAUACUCAUAAAUUGGGAAGUAAGGGAUUGGUAUAUAUGUCUUUCAAUCAAUCAACGCAUGAUAAGAAUGAGGAUCCUCAGUUUAAGGAAUCUGGGCGAUCGUCGAGCUUCAGUCAACAGAAAAUCACUUGUGGACUUCAUUCUAAGCCACGGGAUUCGCGCAGGUAUGCGCCGCCGAUCGUCUCCAACCACAGUUCUAAGCAGUCCAACGAUGUGCAACCAGCACGGAAAACUAGGGCUGGUGCAUCCUUUGCACAGUCUACCGUUUCUACGACCCCUCGCGGAGGACAAACCGGUUCUCAUGUGCAGUCGCAACAGAAUGGAUCCCAAAGCUGGGUUGUUGAAAAAAAUGCAACUUCUCAAACGGCCUCAAAAACUUCUGAUGCACUUUCAGAAUCCAAGAGCAGCACUGUUCAAGAUAAUGCAUCUUCUAAGCCUACAUCAAAAACUUCCGACACCACCCCCUUUAAAGACAUGGGAGAACAGCAUUUAACAUUUCCACUUCAAUUUGGAUCCUUAAGUCCUGGUUUCCAGAUUCCUAGGACCAGUUCAGCUCCUUCAAAUCUGCAAGAACAGAUAUUAAACCAGGCACAAUGCCAUGUGUUUAAAUCUGUACCUUCAGGGUCAGUGCUGCCAGUACCCAGACAACCAAUUGCCAAAAAUGAUCCCAGUCUCUGUGAUCAACCAAAUAUUGGAACGUUCAAUCCAGAGCCAGUGACCAAAAGGAAGAUCCAAGUCUUGUCAAGAGCACCCUUAAACCAGAUUCAGAAGCCUUCCCAUGUAUCAUUUGUUACUUACGGAACUUCUGUUUCCCUUGCUGAUAGCAAGCGUAUGAGCUUUGUGCAUCCUAUUGCCAAUUCACCUAAUGUGAAAGUAAUCCAAGUUCAUGAUGAGAAGUCUACAAAGCAUGUGGCAAUGCAGUCUCUUCCUGGGCCUUUGACGCAGGUCGUCCACUCAUGUUCUAAAGAAAGCCUAUCUAAGUCCAUCUCAAUUAAGGCUGAUAACAAAGUAUCAGGCAAGAAAGGACUGAUUCAACUCCCGCAUCAGAUUGAGGUUGCAGAUCCCAAUUGUUAUACUAAGCUGGAAUCCUCUUUGCAAUUUGAGCAAGCAAAGCAUGAGCUCGUUGGAACAAAAAAAGUAGGAGCGGGAAGAUUGCCCGAUUCUCAAUAUGGCAUAAAACAAAGUAAACUGCUAUCUUGUAUGAAGCCAACGACAACUAGUAAUGGCAAUUCAAAGUCAAAAACACUGGAAGAAUGGGAUGGACCUAUAAUUUCGCAUGCAGAAGUUGACAGUAAUAAUGUUCUUUCCAACUCCAUAACUCAUGGAUGUAAGACUUUACCUAUUAUUGUAUCUUCUUGUCAAAGUGAUAGUAACAAUAUCAAUGAUACUGUAGUGUGCCGAGCUGAUCUGCAAUCUGCUCUUGUUGAAACGUCUGAGCUCACAGAGAUGAAGCAGGAAGGAGGUAGAACAGAGUAUACAUGUGGUCAAUAUGACCCUAAUUUUAGACCCUUUAUUGAGGAUAUGGAGACAAAUAAGAUGAGGAAUAGGUCGAAGAAGAAGAGGAAGGAAAUUCUUCGGAAGGCAGAUGCUGCUAGGACUACUUCCGACCUUUAUAUGGCAUAUGAAGAACAUCAAGAGAAGAAAGAGACUGUUAUAUCUGCAGAAAGCUCCAAUAAGAGCAUAAAUAUGAAACACGACUCUGUUGGUUCCAUUAAGGAAGAGGCUAUCUUGAACAAGAAGGAUGUUCAUAGUAAACUCGAGCUAGAUGAUUGGGAAGAUGCAGUUGAUAUUUCUACUGAUACAUUGAAAUACGAGGGUGGUUUUGAGGACAAGGCCAAUGAAAAAGUAGCACUGCACCUCGAGGAUGGGAGUGGAGAUCUGGCAAAAAGGUACUAUAGAGAUUCCCCCCUGAAAUUUGUCAAGUUCAUGGACCGUCCGGAUGGGUUUGAAAUUACUCCCAACAUGAAGGCUUUAGUGAGUAUUAACCAUGGCUCUUGUUCUGUUAAUAGUAAUUCACUUGCUAACCUUGGAAAAAUGGAUAAGCCAAGCGGACGGUCUCGACUAGACCAUCGUGCUAUUACUGUUGAUGAUAGACUACUUGCUUCAGGGCGGCAUUCACACUUGGAUAGCACUUGGCCAACCCAAGGUGCUACCAUUAGUGCUGUAAAGUCCCGAUGGGCACACAUUGGUUCUCAGGAAAGGAUCCAAAGGAAUGGCUCAAAUACUGAUAGGUGGCAAAGAGAUGCUAGUUUUCAGGUGAAAGGUAUAAUUUCUUCUCGAACUCCAUCACAGGCGAUGCACAGAGCUGAGAAGAAAUAUGAGGUGGGUGAAGUGGUUCCCAAGGAAUUGAUCAAACAAAGGCAGUUCAAGGAUAUACUAAACAAGCUAACUCCACAAAAUUUUGAAAAACUCUUUGAACAAGUGAAAUUAGUUAAUAUUGAUAGUUUGAUGUCACUGUAUGGUGUCACCUAUCAGAUCCAUGACAAAGCUUUGAUGGAGCCUAGUUUCUGUGAAAUGUAUGCCAAUUUUUGUCUCCAUUUGGCUGGUCAGUUACCUGAUUUUAGCGAAGGUAAUGAGAAGAUUACUUUUAAGAGGUUGCUUUUAAACAUGUGCCAAGAGGAAUUUGAGAAAGGGCGGGAACGAGAAGUGAAUAGAAUAAAGGCCCGCAAAAGAAUGCUUGGCAACAUCAGAUUAAUUGGGGAGCUUUACAAGAAAAAGAUGAUAGCAGAGAGAGUUAUGCAUGAAUGCAUCAAGGAAUUGUUGGGUGAAUAUCAAAAUCCCGAUGAGGAAAAUAUUGAAGCAUUGUGCACAUUGAUGAGUACCACAGGAGAGAUGAUAGAUCACCCCAAAGCAAAGGAGUAUAUGAAUUCAUAUUUUGAGAUGAUGACUAAAUUAUCUAAUAGCAUGAAGCUGUCAUCUAGGUUUAGGUUCAUGUUGAAGGAUGCAAUUGAUUUGAGAAAGAAUAAAUGGCAACAGGGGAGAUGAGAAGGAAGUUACCCUGUGCAUCAAGGACUUGAAUUCGCUUGAAUCCCAUUCCCCCAUGAUUUCUCUUUGGGUCACAGACCCCUUUGAGAGACAAAACACAGAAAGGGAUCUUUUAGCUAAACAUGAUGCAAUCGUGUAGAAGAUGAAGGUCGAUCGCAUAGACUUGACGCUCGAUCGUUUAGUAUAAAGUACUAUUGUAUAUUAAACUCGAUAGUAAUCAUGUAGUCACUCGAUAGUGAAUCUGAUCAAUCGUGUGUCGUUCAUUGAGAUUUUGAAAUCAAAUUUCUUUUAGCUCAAUUUUCCAUAAAA